GGUGUCUGUUGUCAGCUGACUGGCAGCAUCUCUGGCAGCCGUCACAACACUGUGCUGCUUGUUGACAGUUAGCUAGCUAGCAGUUACUAGCCAAGGCUUUGCAGGCGGACCGGGGUGGGGGGGUUAUGUUUCACGGAGCAAGAACCGUAGACGGAGGUUUGGACACCAUCAACUCAUGGCUGCCGAAAUUCAACCUCAACCGCAGGCUCGGAAGCCAUGUCUACUCAGCAAAAUCGAGGCUUUUCAAGACGUUGUGAGCACGGCGGUCAUCAUUCCCAAGGAAGACGGCGUUAUCAGCGUGUCCGAAGACAGGACAAUUCGGGUAUGGCUAAAGAGAGACAGUGGCCAGUACUGGCCCAGUGUCUACCACACUAUGUCAACAUCAUGCUCCUGUAUGUCCUUUAACCCAGAGACAAGGAGGCUGUCCGUGGGGAUGGAUACUGGAAGUAUCUGUGACUUUAUCCUGUCAGAAGACUACAAUAAAAUGAACCCAGCCAGCACCUACCAGGCCCAUCAGGGUAGAGUGACUGUGGUCCUGUUUGUGUUGGAGAUGGAGUGGCUUCUGAGCACCGGUCAGGACAAAAAUUUCAACUGGUACUGCUCAGAAAGCGGCCAGCAGCUGGGGACGUAUCGCACUGCUGCCUGUGUUUCAGGACUACAGUUUGAUGUGGAGACCAGACACGCCUUUGUAGGGGACCAGUCUGGUCAGGUGACCAUCCUGAAGCUGGAGCAGGACAGCUGCAGCCUGGUCACUACCUUUAAGGGACACACUGGUAAUGUGACGGCGUUGUGUUGGGACCCGGUCCAGAGGGUGCUGUUCUCCGGCAGCUCAGACCACUCCAUUAUCAUGUGGGAUAUCGGAGGGCGCAAAGGCACCGCCAUUGAAAUGCAAGGACACCAUGACAAGGUUCAGGGCUUGUGCUACGCCUCACACACUCGUCAGCUCAUCUCCUGCAGCUCAGAUGGAGGCAUCGUCAUCUGGAACAUGGAUGUUACACGACAAGAGACCCCCGAGUGGUUGGACAGUGACUCCUGUCAGAAGUGCGAGCAGCCUUUCUUCUGGAACUUCAAACAGAUGUGGGACAGCAAGAAGAUCGGCCUGCGACAGCACCACUGCAGGAAGUGUGGCCAGGCCGUGUGUGGCAAAUGUUCAUCCAAACGGUCCACCAUCCCCCUCAUGGGCUUCGAGUUUGAGGUGCGUGUGUGUGACAGCUGCCACGAGUCCAUCACUGACGAGGAUCGAGCGCCCACAGCCACCUUCCACGACAGCAAGCACUGCGUUGUUUACAUGCACUAUGAGCCGACCACGGGGAAUCUGCUCACCUCUGGCACCGACAAGGUUAUCAAGCUAUGGGACAUGACUCCUGUGGUGUCCUGAGAUCUGUGGGCGACAAGCGGUCGGCAGGAAACUCUUUUCACCUCUGUUUGCCAGUCGCACUUUGAAAAGAAAGAGAGAAGCAUAUCCAACAAUAUCGAUGUCAUCGGGAUAAUCUUUAACAGUUAUUCAACAAAAAAGCAGUGGCUGUUGCACGUUCAUAGUGAGGACACUGCAGACUGGUGAAGCCUGGGAACAGGACAGGCCUUGGUUGACACAAGGUUACAGACAGUUGUGGGUGUUUGUUUGCGUGAAGGGUGCUGUUUGGUGGGGGAUCUCUCUUUCUCUCUGUGUGUGUGUGUGUGUUUGUG